ACCGAGAACAUGGGUUUGUUGGAGCUGGUACGUGAUAGAGAGAAGAAGGAGGAGGAGGAGGAGGAGGUGUCAGCCGUCAUGGCGGAAUUUCUCACCGACCCGUCUGUGUUGACUAAAGACAAGCUGAAAAGCGCGCUGGUGGCCAACAACGUGGCGCUACCGAACGGCGAGCAGCGGAAAGGAGUGUACGUGGAGCUGUAUCUGAAAAACCUGACCUCCCAGAACAAGAGGAGCGGCUCCGCGGAGGCUUUCUCCAGCGACGAGGAGCCUCCAGCCCCCGCUGCCUCCAUUACAGCAGCGCGCUCCGGCAGGAAAGCCACCAGGAAAACGGACCGGGUUCGUCCCGAGGAGGUCGACGUGACCGAACUGACCGACGAGGACCUGAAGGAGCAGCUGCUGAAGUACGGGGUCAGCGCCGGACCCAUCGUAGCAUCCACCCGUAAAGUGUACGAGAAGAAGCUGCAGAAGUUACUGGACCAGGGUCCUCCUCAGACCACCAUCUUCACUCUAUCCGAGUCGGUUCUGAUCCACAACAGCCGUAACGGCACCGCGGACUCGGAUCAGUACAGCGAUAAAGAGGAAGAAACGGCAACAGCGGUUGAACCGGAGCUAGAACCCGAACCGGAGCUCGUCCCCGUGUUGGAGAGGCCGCUGAGGAGCCGAGGAAAAACACCCGUGACCAUCAGAAACCGGAGCAGCCAGAACAAGGAAGAGGACGAGGACUCUGAGGACCUUCAGGUGGUGAAUGUUGAGAGAAAGUCCCGGAGGUCUUCUCGCCGUUGGGACCACGCUGUUCCUGACCCUCCGAAAGCGUCCGGUGAGGAAGUAGAGCUUUCCGUCUUCAAUACUGCUCUCCUCGAGGUCGGUCCACAUGAGGUUCUGAGCUCUGGACCUGGUCAUGUGGGCUGGUCAAAGGAGCGCAAAUCAGUCACGUCGUUCGGGCGCACGAAACGGCGUAGCUCACCGUGUUCAGCUUCAGCUCAACCGUCCAGAGAUCUGAUCCACAUGAUGUGCCGCCUGUCACCUUCUCGAGCUAGUCCAGGCAAAGAUGGGGAACACCGUUCUCUCUCUCUAACGGAUUCUCCGCGCCGUCCGACUCGUGACCUCCUCACCGCAAAGAGCUCGCCCGACGCCAAGGAGCGAUCAGGUGGUUCUGCCGCAGUAGCACAGAGCCGAAUCCAUGGGUUCUUCUCUCCGGUCACCCCAGUCCGGGGUCAGGACGACAGCCUCCGAGAUCAGACAGCAGGACGACUGAUUGAGAAGUUAUCAGCUGUUGAGCAGACCCCAAAAACAGUAGAGAGUGACGUGCUGAAGGAACUGUUCCCUUACGAGGUCUUCAACACUCCCACAGGAAUCAGCGCCACUCGUCGGCAGCCGAUCAAAGGAGCGGCGGGCCGGCCCUUCAGCGACGCCUGGAAGGACACCCCGCGUCCACGUCUCUCCGAGCACAGAUACACCAGUUCCUCCUACACGGAGAGCCGAUCUGUCCCUCGCGUCAGCGCCGUCCCCCUGUCCGUCCCUAAACCCUCAGCGCCCCAGAGUCUCCAGGCCGACGCGAGGCGCCGAGUGCCCGUGUGGGUGCAGCUGCUGCUCCUCGCUGGUGUCGCCGGCAUCCUGCUGUUCAUCUACCAGUCCAUGGAGAGCAACCAGAUGAGUCCGUUUGGGCAGCCGGCACGCAGCGGUGAGCUGGAGGACACCGGGAAAUGAACAGUCUGUCUUUAACGUACCUCCAGACCGCCCACGUUUAAAGACUUCUCUCUUCCCUAUACGUCGUUUUUUUUUUUUGUUUUUUCUCCUUAACUCGCCCGGUCCAGAGAACCAUCCGGAACCGAACGAGAUCACGAGAACCCGUUUGCGUUUCUUUUCCGAUCAGUUUUCGAGGGGCUCUGUUUGGUGCUAGGUCUGUAAGAAACUUCUGAACGAAAGCUAGAAAUUUAAGGACAAGCCAAAAAAAAAAAAAAAAAAAAAAUCAUAUGUGUAUUUUUUAUGUUUUGUGAAUAAAUAUAUCUAUGAAUUAAUAAUAAUAAAAGCAUAAUUAAUCUGAUUUAUGAGUUUAAUAAGUCACAAGACGGCCUUAAACUGAACUCGGGAUGCAUCGAUGCACUUUGUUUAAUCGACUCUCUGACCACGUACAGAACGGGCCCGGUGGUGCGUGAACAGAACCAAAUAGAACGGUUCUAUGCCGUUCCUGACCCGGUGAUACCAACUAGGUUACUCGUCUUGGUAUCAUCGAAUACCCCCCAAAAAAAAAAAAAAGUGUACACGUUCUGAAAAAUUUCGUACCGAUGCGUCCCUGAACCCGAACCCGUCGUUCCACGUAGUGUUAUCCCGUCGAGUCUUAUCGUAUUUAUCGAUGUAACUCUUUUUUUUGUGUGUGUUUAUAAUGUAAGACGUCCACUUUAUUAGGAACACCCGCGUAUAUUCAUGUGAUCAGCCAAUCAUGUUGCAGCAGCGCGACACCGACGCACGUCAGCCUCGGAUCCCUCUUCUUGGCCGACGGAAGCGGAACCCGAUCUGGUCUUCUGCUCCUGUCGCUCGAGGUUUCGCCGCGUAGACGCUUUCCAGCUCACCACGGGUGUGAAGAGCGGUUAUUCGAGUUACCUUAGCCGUUCUCCUCGGAUCUCUCUCUCGUCUCGCGUUUUUUUUUUUUUUUUUGUCUGUUUUUCGCACCGUCCUUUCUGUCUAAACACGGGUCCGAGUCACCGAACGAACGGACGACCCGUGACGCGAACGUCACCGACGCGAUCCGGCUCGUUCCCGACGAAGCGAAUAUCGAGACUCGCCUUGCAGUAUUUGUACGUGUUUAUGUGUUCGAAAUCCCAAAAAAAUGCCAACAGCACAAAUUUUUUUUCAAUUCCUUAUUAUAAUUGAAAGGAAAUUGACUUUAUUGACGAUUUGUACGCAGAGUAUCGACUUCAAAAGAUUUGCUAAAUAAUAAUAGUAAUGUUUGUGUCUUUUUUUUUUUUUUCUUUUUCUUUUUCCUCUCAGCACUUCAUUUAUCCAUCGUAAUUUUCUCACGUAUCGUAUAUAUUUACUCGUCCUUGUAUUUAUUGCUGCUUACGUUUAUUCUGGAGAACGGAGCGUGACUCAUGAAUUUUGAAUUAAACCGUGGGGAUUUUUUUUAUACUGUAGACGGCAUCAUGUGAUUUGUAGAAAUGAAAUAAAACAUUUAACUUCAUAUCAAA